AAGACUAAAUAGGCGCAAAUGACCAUGGACAUUCCAGUUUUUACGGUCGAUGCAUUUACAAACCGGCCAUUUGCUGGAAAUCCUGCUGCAGUCUGUCUGCUUGAAAAUGACUUGGAUGAAGAAUUGCACCAAAAAAUUGCGACAGAAAUGAACCUCUCAGAAACUGCUUUCAUUAGAAAACUGCAGCCUGGAGAUGACUUCACCAAAAGUUCCUGCUUUGGACUCAGAUGGUUCACUCCAGCCAAUGAAAUUCCUCUCUGCGGUCAUGCUACACUUGCAUCAGCUGCUGUGUUGUUUCACAUACAGAAAAACACAAAUUCAGUUCUGACAUUUAUGACGAUGAGUGGAGAAUUAAAAGCCAGGCAAGUGGGAGAUCAUAUUGUCCUGGAUUUACCACUUUACUUAGCCUAUCCACAGGUGCUUCAGGAAGUAGAAGCCUUAAUAAAGGUAGCUGUUGCUGACAUGGUAGUUCAAGAUGUCCGUUACUCUCCUGAUACAAAGAACCUCUUAGUUCGCCUCAGUGAUACUUACGAAAGGUCUGUGUUGGAAGAACUGCAAGUGAGUGCACAACAUUUUUUGUCAGCUGAAAAGACAGGAAAGGUGAAAGGGCUUAUACUCACUCUUAAGGGAAAAUCCAGUGGAAAACAGAAAGGCCAUGAUUUUUACUCCAGAUAUUUUGCACCUUGGUAUGGAGUGCUGGAAGACCCUGUUACAGGAUCUGCCCAUGCUGUUUUAAGCAGCUACUGGUCAGAGCAGCUGGGGAAGAAGGAAAUGCUUGCUUUUCAAUGUUCUCGCCGUGGAGGAGAAUUGAAGAUUUCCCUGCGUAAUGAUGGAAGAGUUGACAUUGCGGGGCAAACUGCUGUUGUAUUAAAAGGAAACCUGACUUUCUGAAGGAAUUGACACUAAUCUCUCACACCUUCAAAUUAUUCAUAUUAUGCUGCUUAUAUCUUGGCUGUAGACAGUGAAUCACCACUGUCCUCAGAAGUCUUUGACUUACUAUCCCUUUGAGAAAAUUGCUUGAAAUUGUUCACUUCUAAUCAUCAAGAUCCUUGGUAUUGUUUUCAUCACACUCAUCUUGCUGCUUCAUAGACCUUAGAAAAUGUCUGGGGACAUCUGUCUUGUUUUCCUGCUUUUAAAUGAUUUAUUUCCAAGUUCCAUGUUAAAAGCUAUUCUUGAUUCCCAGGCUCAACUGUAAACUUUUUGAUUGAUAAACUUUUUCCCAUGCUCAGUCAUUUGAUAUGGAAUCUCACUACAGUAAUUUAAAAAUAUGUAUCUUUUCUCUGCCUUAUAUUGAAAUGCUGCUCAUAUGUUCAUUAAUUUACUUGAAUGACAAUGUAAAAAAAAUAUAAAAGGAUUAGAAAUGUGUUUUAUGGUUCUCUUG